AUGAGGAUUUUAGCAACCGUUGUGAUUUUAGUGGUGCCGUUAAUUUUCACGAAUUGGGUGGAAUGCGGACGCGAACAUGUUGUACCAGAAGCCCGCGGGCGCGAAAAGGGGGACCAGGAAGCACGUGCAAUGGAGAAAGAUGCACGGCGGGCCCGCUCUAGCCGCCCGAAGGUCUACUCGCGGACGGUGGUCUUACAUUAUGAGGGAACAGUGGAGGACGUGGCGGAGGUUGGGGAUAGUAUCGGACUUCAGUUUAUUCGACCUGUCAUUAAGCAUUACUACGAGUUUAAAAUCCCGAACAUUCCGGACCAGUCUUCCACUCCUAUAGAGAUAGAUAUCAAAGAAUUGAAAAGAAAACAUAAGAAGCUGAUCAGUAUUGAACAAGAAGAGGUUAGAUUUAUGCAAAAGAGGUCAAAGGUCAACAGGAAGAGGACAGAGAGCAAUGACAACCGGUCAAGGGUCAGGAACAAGAGGUCGAUAACCAUUAACGACCCAGAAUGGUCGAAUCAAUGGAACUUUAACGGCCAGACACCGAGCAUGUACGUGUACGAGAGCUGGGACAAAGGAUAUACCGGAAAUGACGUCACUAUCGCCAUUGUGGAUGACGGCAUAGAUACAUCGCAUUCGGAUCUCAGCUACGACGCGUCCCUGAGUUACGACUACGCUUAUGACGUUAUGGAUCCGGCCCACGUGGAUGCAUCGGACGGACACGGUACAAACUGCGCGGGCGUGGCUGCAGCCUUGAAGAAUUCGGUGUGUGUAAUAGGCGUAGCGUAUAACGCUAAAAUUGCAGCCGUAAGAUUACUUGACUCUUACAUCGGGGCAACCUCGAGUACGGAAGCGCUCGCCCUAACCCACAAACUCGACUACGUGGAUAUUUAUAGUAACAGCUGGGGCCCGUCAGACGAUGGAGAAGAUAUCUCGCCACUUUCAGAUGUCUUAGAAGAGGCGUUAAAAACUGGUGUCACUGAUGGUCGGUCAGGCAAGGGCGCCAUUUAUGUUUGGGCUUCCGGAAAUGGCGGGGAGAACGAAGACGAUUGCAACGCAGACGGUUACGCGAGCAGUAUUUAUACGAUCGGUAUUAACGCAGUCUCUCAGACCGGGGCGCCCACGUACUACGCCGAGUGGUGUACUUCCGCCAUGGCCGGAACGUACAGCGGAGACGAUCCUUACCCGGACAUAUAUACGACGGGACCCAACGACGACUGCGUGAGUGAUUUUUCCGGGACUUCUGCCGCCUGCCCUCUGGCUGCCGGGAUAUUUGCGUUGACGCUCGAGGCAAAUCCGGACCUAACAUGGCGAGAUAUGCAUCACUUGAUUGUAGAAACGGCCAAUAAUACCGGGUUACACUCGAACGCUUCCGUCUACACUAAUGCUGCUGGAAAAGAAGUGAGUUAUUAUUUUGGUUUCGGACUGCUGGAUGCGGAGGCUAUGGUGGACGCAGCACCCUCAUGGCUGACUGUGCCUGACGUUCUCUCCUGUUACGAGUUUUCCACUAAUACAGGCGCGCGGUACUGGGACUAUGCGGAGGAGGAGACGAACCACCAGUUUAUGACCGUCCACCUGUGGGGGGAAGAUCCGGUAGGGGACUGGACUUUAGCCCUUAACGCCACAUAUAACGCUGGUUGGAACAUGAAACUGUAUUCCUGGCAGCUGACUGUGUACGGCACCGUCACAGACCCGACCGCAGGAGCACCAAGUGCCGGGUCGCUAGGUGGCGCAUGUAAUGGCACUGUAUCCUGUUCCGGUUACUCGAAAGCUGCGUGCUCAAAUCCGGACAACGUCUGCGUUAGCUGCUCGACAGGCUACCAUAUUUACAGCUCAUAUUGUUACCAAGACGGACGGCUUAACGGCUACUGUGACGACAGCACCCCGUGCCGCUCCUUUUCCGGUGACCUAGAAUGUGUGGAGGGCAGGUGUGGGGAGACGUCAGAAGAUGACAAUACAUUGCUGAUAGUAGGGAUAGUCUUAGGCGUUGUUGCUGUUGUUAUCAUCGUCGUUGUCAUAUCGAUAGCCGUCUACAUGAAGGUCAAGGCCGCCAAAGCGUCUGCCUCAGUGGCGCCAGAAUUUUCAGUUCCUCCAGCAGACACGAACGCUUACACAAACCCCGCUUACAGCUAG